GCGAAAGUCGAGUGUCGGUGCUGAAGCUCGGUAGUGAAGUAGUAGUGUGCGCGCGUUAUUCGUUCUGUGUGCGCGAGUGCCGCAGAGACGCAUAUGGAUUCGGACUGAUCUACCACUGGAUAUUAAUUAACGCUGGAUUACCGCCGAAGCGAUCUCAGAAUGAUGCUGCAAAGGGCAGCGCUUCUGCUACUGCUGCUCGUUACAGCGCGGCAGCAUUGCCAGGCCGCGGAAACCGAAGAGGAGUCGACGACGACGACGACGACUGCGCAACAGCCAUCAGCGGGGACGACAAGUUCCGUUCUCGGAACGUUCUUUCGUCAAGCUCGUUCGGACGGCUACUACAGCGGUGGCAGAUACAACGACGAGAGCCUGCCGCUGACGGCCGGCGCAUCGGCCAGGGCAUCCGAUCCGCUGGAACAUCGCGACUCCGCGUACUUCGAGUCGAGAUGCAUCACCUGCGACCCCAACAAAGCCGCCGUCGCCGCUGCCGCAGCGCAGACCGAUCGAGAUUAUUAUUUCAGUCCCUACCAGUCGAGAUGGAGGCAGAGAGCAAAGUACGAUUACUACGACGACGAGUACGACGAUCGAAGGUACAACCGAGAUCGGUACGAUCCGUACUACGAUCGAGCCAGGGCCCCGGCUUACGACUACGAUCGGUACGAUCCUUACGGAAGGAACGAACUUUUCAGACCAUCGACCUACAACGACAGGUACGACCCCUACGAACGCGACCGUUACUACAACAGACCGGUCGAUCGUCCCGUAGACCGUCCCCUAAUCGAUCGCCCAGUUGAUCGGCCGGUCGAUCGUCCAGUGGAUCGUCCUCUGGCUGAGAGGCCUUACGACCGAAGCUACGAACGAGGCAACGGAUACGAUAACCUCGACCCCAGAUACCCUUACGACGAUCCGCGCUACGAUCGAUAUGGGCCACCGGCACCAGCAGCGAGAAGACCACCACCUCCUUAUGACGAUUAUGGACCGCCGAGGUAUCCGGACAGAUACAACGCCAACAGAAAUUACGGACGGUACGACACGAGAUACGACAGAUACGACCCGUACGAUAGGAACGGAUACAGGAGACCCGCUUACGACGACAGGUAUAACGACCGGUACGGCGGUCGACCAGACUCUCGAGGAUACUACAGCGGCUCCAGCGGAGCUUGGCCUGCCCCAGGAGCUUCCGACAGACCAGCCUACGCCAGCGCUUGGAACUACGCCGGAGGCGGCGGCGGCGCUGGUAACCGCGGCAGCUGGAGGGACACGAAUCGAGACCGCGAAAGAGACCGGGAUCGCGAUCGCGACGCUACGUACUAUCGGCCGCAGGAUUACUAUUACGACAGUACAGCCGCUCCGGCAGGGCCAAGAGGUACGAGCUAUCUCUACGAUCGGCCCGAGUCCUCGACGAAGCCAGACGCCGAUCGAGACAAGCAGCCGACCAACUCGCCUCAGACUCAGGACUCGAAUAAGAACUACAAGGAUUAGGAAGUUUCUUUUGCCGAUGCGGGACCGAGGGGAAUAAGGGCUUGAUUUUUCGGACGCUCCGCUUUUGUGGUUCACUCGAGGACUUUGCUCGACAGUUUUCUUUUUUUCUUUUCGCUGGAAAUGUGUCGCAGCAAACGAGAGAGUGUAAACUUAGUUUUUUAAAUAUAACAUUUACUCGAGAGUUUAUCACAAGACACGGAGUAUCGUAGAUGUAAUUGUGUUUUUGCAAUAUAUAGUUAUACGUUGAAGUUCGAGCUUUGAGAUGUCACCAAACUUGAAUAAGAGACAUUUUAUGGUUGCAGCUAGGCGAAGCUGUAAACAGUAUGAAUAUACUCACAUAAAUGAAAA